GCAUGUAUUUCCAAUGUGAUUACAGGUGUAGUGAUAGUCAAAUCUGGACAAUACGUAUGGGCCAUUCGUAUAGCAUUGGCAAUCUUGACUUUGGCAUGCGGCUUGAUGCAACUUUUAGGACGAGAUUCAUCGGUGGGAUUGAUUGUUGGUUUGAUGGUGGUUGCUGGGAUUGGAUCAGGUGGGAUGAUCAAUUCUGAAAUCAUUGCGGCUCAAGGCUCCGUGGUUAUUGAACAGUAAGUGAUUUAGACAUAGAAAGAUGGAAUUUAAGGUUAAUACAUGUAUUGUCCUUUUCUUUUUUUUUUUUCUGAUUGUAGUGUACCAGUCAUAGUGACAUUCAUGACCUUUUGUGAUCAAGUGGGUGGUAUUACUGGGAUAACGGUAGCAGGUAGUAUCUUAUCGAACACACUUGGAGCCAAGAUCAGCUCUCUUCCUGGUAUCUCUGAAACAACCGUACGUCAAUCCUCUGAUUAUAUGUGGCAUCUCUCUGAUCUAAAUAUACAAAACAAGGUGGUGGAUGGAUAUAUGGAUGCUAUUCGUGCGUCUUUUUAUGGCUCCCUUGCCUUUGUUGCAGCCGGUUUGCUGGUCUCUCUUGGUCUUAAAACAUAUGUCAUGCGCAAACAUGUUGCAUGAAUCAUCAUUUGAAUUUAUUAGAUUAAUUUUACUUUUAUUUUGAAUAAACGAAGAUGUGAACUAUUCA